AUGGCAGUGUCGGCGUUGUGGGACGGUUUCAAAAACAAGCUCUUUGGUCGUAAAAAACCUACAUUAGAAAAACCGUUCGUAUCAGAAACGUCACCUAUUUCUCAGAUUGGUAUUAUACUUAGUAAUGAUGAUGUUGGUCAACCAUUUUUUGAUUCAAUAUUCGCAGCAGUAGAAAAUUUUGAUGAACACAAUCGGGAGAAUAACAAUACAAAUUUUACGCGUGAUGUAGAAAGUCUUAUCGAUUAUACCAGAUACAGUAUUGAUUGCGGUAAAUUUUUUAAUCGUGCUGAUGCUUACUUUUAUUUACUUCGUAGAGCAGAAGAAUAUCUGACAGUGAUAAAGUCAUCAGCAUAUUUUAGUUGGAGUGGCGGCGACCAAAAUUUUAAAAGUUUAAAAGAAAUGGUAUUAAUUAAUGCACGGCAUUUAUUCGUAGAAACAAACGGUUUAGAGCCUAGUUUUAGCGUACAAGAUGCCAAUCUGUUGAAGCGUAUAAAAAUUUUCGAUUAUGUAUCAUUAAUAGAAAUGAAAGACGAUAAUUCAAUCGAAUUAUUUUUAGCUUUAGCGAAAUUAUCAUUUCAAUCAUCGGUGUAUAUAAAUGAACAAGCACAUUACUUAACAUGGACACAAUUAUUAAAAAAAUGCAAAAUAACAGUUUCAUUUGGAAGUUUUAUUAAAAAAUACUUUGAAUAUGAACAAAAUUUUAAGGCCUUUCCAUAUGAUGUACCAGCAUUUAUUUAUUCUAUUAGUUUAACAAAAUUUCCGCUUCACGAUAUUUUUGACUAUAUUGAGAAAUUAAAUUUGAAACAAACCGAGUUGUGGUACCUUUUUUGGCCCUUGUUUGAAAAAGGAGUAAAAAGAGGUCAAGUACAAUAUGAUAACAAUGAUAUAGUUUCAUUACUGAAUCAUAUUAGUCGAGAUGAUGGUCUAUUCAUACAGUAUUGUACUAUUUAUUAUGAGAAUGCACAAAUUGAAGACGGAUGGAAUGUAUUUCUUCAACUUUGUGAAACCGAUCUCAAGGAAAGUUCUCGACGUUAUCUUGCAUUAGAAGUAAAUAAAAAAAUUCAAAACAUUCAUCUUGAAAAGUUUAACACAUUAAUGAGAUUAGCUGUUCAACGUUUAAAAGUAAUAGAGAAUGAAAAAACCCGGACAACAUUCACAAUGCUAUUAGAAACGGUGUUUACUUCUUAUGCUAAACAAAUCACUCGCGAUUAUUCAGAAUACAAAUAUAAAGAAUUAUUAACAACAGCCGUUCAAAUAUCAUCAAACAUGAUUGAACGUCCAUGUUGUUUAUUGCUUAUCGAAGGUUUAGUGAAAGCAUGUUCGGGUAUGAAUGCUGAACUACCUAAUAUCUCCAAAAUCGAACGGCUGUUUCGAGUUUUACGUGAAUUAGAUGAUAUAUUAAAAGAUUUUGAACCAUCAGCAAUAAUCAAAGACGAGUGGUUCAGUGGUUUCAUUUUAACAAUGUCAAACGGUUACUCGAAAAUUUCAAGACCAUUGUAUCAAACGUUAUGCGAGAAUAAAAAAAAUCGAUGGAUUCUUUAUAUCUGGACGCGUCUCAUUCAACUAAGUUUAACAAAAUAUCAGCCUGACAACAAUGAACAAACAUUGCAUGCAAUGAAUCAGUGGUUGAUCGAUGUCCGACAUCAAAAAUAUGACCCGGACGCUUUAUUUACUGUUAUUCUCGUAACAUAUUUGUUCAAUACGGCUACUACUUUUAUGAAACCCUUAUCAUUACCUAAUAUUGAACAUAUCAGCAAUUAUAUUUCAGAUUUCAUAAAACAGAAACAAUUAAUCAUUAAGCUUGAUACAAGUAAUAUUUAUCAGUUUGUUAGAGAUGGACAAUGUGCAAUACGAGACAUAUUAGCUUUAAAAGGCACACGUACAAUGUAUGGGAUUGUUAGUCGGCCUUCUGAAGAUGUUAAUCGUUUAAAAUUGUUUACAGAUGGGUUAGAUUUGAAACAAAUUGUAUUAGCCAAUGGGAAAACUAUUUUGGAACAAUUUAAAUUUCCAUAUACAACUACAAUAAUUGAUUUAAUAAUUGAUGCGAAAGAAAAACCGGAAAACAUCAUUCCAUCAGAAAAUUUCUUUGAUUUUGUGCGACAAACACAUGAUUGGUUAAAAUGGUUUGAUUCCUUCAUUGAUAUAUUCCGCCCGAUCAUCGAAUGGUUAAAAAUACAAAAUGUCGACAAUGCUGAGCUAAUUUUGUCUCAUAUCGAACAGUCGAAAAAAGAUGAUAGUGAACUGUUAUAUAUCAAAGCAACCGUUGAAAAGAUGAUGACAAUGUUAAAACCAUUAACUGAAUUGCAUCGUUUAUGUCAUUUAUUUAAUUGUAUAAAAUCAUUCAAAAUAAUAAACAAAGGUAAAAUGAAUACAAAUGCACAAGAUUUUAUUCGAGAUGUAAAACGUGAUGUUCCAACGAGUACAUUUGAAGUUAGUGAAAAAAAAGUAUAUGAACACUUAAUUCCUAUUCAUGAUCGACAAAUCGUUCAAUGGACAUUAGCAUGUGAAAGAUUACCUUGUCAUAUCGAAGUUCGCUAUACAACGAUAAAUAAUGAUUUUAGUGAAAUCAUCUACACGAAUAAAGAAGCUUUGAAUAUUGAUAAAAAUGCUUUGAAUGGUGAAUUUGAAACAUAUCAAAGUGGUUAUUUAAAAUUUAUUAUUAAUAAUUCUAAUCCUAAUAGUCGACAGAAAAAACUCUGGUUUCGUAUACGAUCAAAGAAUAUGUCAUCAUGUUUUCUUUUUCGUGGAAUAUUUGAUAUUGCUCAUCGAAAACUCUAUCAACGUGGACAACUAAUAAAUGCACAAGAUAUUAAUGAAAUAUUAAAAAGUGUAUUUAAAUUUAUUGAUCGUUUAUUAGCAGGUGAAAUUAAUUUAAUAGAAAUGGCCGAUUUAAAAACAAUAUUUUGUAAUAAUAAUAUUGAUAUUCGAAAUGAAGUGAGAAAAUUAUUCUCAAAUCGUUCAACAAUGUCUAAUAGACAAAUAACAAUGGCAACUACUACAACAUCUACUUCAAUGGAUAGUACGACUAAUGAACAAGAAGUUGAUCGUGUGUGUGAAUGGCUUCAAAUUUAUCAAUAUAUCAGUUUUAUAACAACAAUUAUUGAUUGUAUUAAAAAAUUUGAUCUUAUAUCAGAAAAUAAUGAUAAUAUUCAAAUUCUUGGACAUUUAACAAAAUUAGGCAAUAUACAAAAUAGUCGUUUAAAAACUAUUGCCGAUUCAUAUAAAUUAUUAAAAGAAAAAUUUAAAGGUCUUGAUAAUCGUCAUCUUGAAUUAAUUAAAACAACAUUGGAAUGUUCAUCUGUCAUUGAUUUAUUUAAAAAAUCUGAUUUAUAUUCACAACAUGGACGUAGAAGAUUUCAAGAAUUACGUGAUAAUUUAACAACAUUAUUUCAAUUACAAGAAAGAAAUAAUAUGAUUUUAAAUGCGUUAAUUGUUACAUAUGCUGUCUGUGAACCAUUUGUAUUAAAAGCACAAAAUUUAGAAGAAUUCGUUAGUCGAUUACUAAAUUUACAUAAUUUAGAUGAAUCAUUAAAUCAAAUAAAAGCUGUAUAUGAAAAUAUUCAAUUAGUACAGAUGUGGUUGUCGAUCGAUGAAACAAAUACACUUGAUAAUGCAUUAAUUACAAUGGAACAUUUAUUCAAGACUGGAACUGUUCAUAUUCACUUACAACGAUUAAAGAAUGAAAAAUCGCAUUUUGAAAUUCAUUAUCAUAUCGAGAAACUUCAAGACAAUGACGAUGAAGAAGAACACGAAAAAAUUAAUUUUGUAUUAUCUGAGGCCGAUAUUGAUGAUCAUAAACGUCAAUUAACAUUUUGUAAUGUUGAUUUAGAUAAUAUGCCCCAUAAAAAAUUAUUAUUACAUGAACAAUUAAAAGUUCUACGUAUUAUUGAACAAAUUUAUUUAAUUUUAUUAAAAUUAGAACUAUCUGGUCAUCCUGAAUACCAAUUAAGAAAUGAAAAAUAUGAUAUUUAUGAUAGAACAGGUGAAGUGAAUACAAUUUUGUCUAAAUUUAAAAGUAACGAGCAGUCAACUAGUAAUCAACAAUUGGAGAUACAUCUCAAAGUUGGUACUGAUAAUUUGAAAUUGAUGCGUGAUGCAUUAAAAAUUCGCUACGAAAAUUGGAUACUAGAGUUAGAGCGUUAUCGUGAGGAAAGUAAAUUAUUAAAAUUAUUUUCUAAUCGUCAAAUAAUGAUUAUGCUCAUUCUAUUACAAACAUUUCGUUACAAUAAGACAAAACUUAUUUUUUUAAAAAAGUUGUACAAAACAUUUACAUGGGAUAGUCGAAAUCAAGAAAAAAUUAAUGAACAAGAACAGCAAUUAACUAUUGAAUGUUUAACUCAUUAUUUAAAAUCAUUAAGACUACAUGACGAUAAUUUAUCUGUUGAAACAAUAUCAGCUUUAUAUGAGGAGUAUCAGAUCCAACAUGGUGAUAAUACCGAUUUAUCUCUAAAAAAAUUAUGUCUGUUUUUAAACGAAAUAUUUCGUGACAGUAAACAAUUGUAUUCACCAAUGAGCAAACAAACAACGAGAAAAAAUCUCAAAAAUCCAACAACAAUAACGGCACCAAUGAUAGAGCAAAAUGAACAAUAUUUGGUGACAUUACAUGCUAAACCAAAAGAUAAAUCUAUACCAGCUACAUUCCAACAUGAUUUAGAUAUGGAAACAUGGUGUAUUUUAUUUGAAAUUUUUAAAAACAAAUUACCAUCAUCAUAUCAAAUACUAUGGGCAUCAGUAUCAACAAAAGACGAUAUUAAAUUGUUUUAUUCAAGAAUUCGAACAUUUACACAUUUGAUAUUUAUUGUACUUGAUAUAGACAAGAUGCAUCAUCGUCUACGUGAAUUAUUAUUAAAUGAACAAGAUUCAUUAUCAAGACAAAAUAUACAGCAUGCCGAAGUUUAUUAUUUUUCACGUGAACUUACAUGUCGAAAAGGAAUGAAGUCGUAUAUAAUUCUUAGAACUGUUAAUGCAGAUGUUGCACGUUCACAAUUAAAUAAGAACUUUUAUCAGUUUGUAUCUAUGCCACCAAAAAUUCGAGUAAUCGUUGGAGCAGCUGGUAUUGUUUAUCUAAAAAUAUCCAUAAAGUCGGAUGAUAACAUUGGAAUUCAUAGUUUAAUUCUCGAUGUCACGCUUCAAUUUUAUUAUUUGUUCGAUGUUGAUUAUUUAAAACACGGUCAUGCAUAUUCCAGAAACGAAUUGGAAACAUAG